AAGGGCAGCGCCGGGCAGAGCGGGCGGGAUGCGGGCGGAGGAGCCGCUGGUGCUGGCGGCCCCGCGGGCGGGCGGUGAGGCGGAGGCGGAGGUGCCCAGCGAGGAGCGGAGCGGCGGCAGCUGCUGCAGCAGCGAGCGCCUGGUGAUCAACAUCUCGGGGCUGCGCUUCGAGACGCAGCUGCGGACCCUCUCCAUCUUCCCCGACACGCUGCUGGGGGACCCCAGCCGCCGGGUGCGCUACUUCGACCCGCUCCGCAACGAGUACUUCUUCGACCGCAACCGACCCAGCUUCGACGCCAUCCUCUACUACUACCAGUCCGGGGGGCGGCUCCGCCGGCCGGUCCAUGUGCCCCUCGACAUCUUCCUGGAGGAGAUCCGCUUCUACCAGCUGGGCCAGGAGGCUAUCGAGACGUUUCGGGAGGAUGAGGGCUUCAUCCCAGAGGAAGAGAAGCCUCUGCCCCAGCACCACUUCCAGCGCCAGGUCUGGCUGCUCUUUGAGUACCCCGAGAGCUCCGGGCCAGCUCGGGCCAUCGCCAUCGUCUCCGUGCUAGUCAUUCUCAUUUCCAUCGUCAUCUUCUGCCUGGAGACCCUGCCAGAGUUCCGCCAGGAGCCCAAGGGAUCCCAGCCUGGCUUCGGGGAGGCUGCGCCUCUCGGGGACGAGGUGCUGAUGCUGCCGCCGCUGCCCCCGCCAAGCGGCACCCCCCCGCCUCUGCGCCCCGCCGCUGGCUCCGGCCCGUUCUUCACAGACCCCUUCUUCCUCAUCGAGACCCUGUGCAUCAUCUGGUUCUCCUUUGAGCUCCUCGUGCGCUUCUUUGCUUGCCCCAGCAAGCCCGAGUUCUCUCGCAACAUCAUGAACAUCAUCGACAUCGUGGCCAUCAUCCCCUACUUCAUCACCCUGGGCACCGAGCUGGCCCAGCAGCAGCAGCAGAAGCAGCAGCCCGGGAGCAGCAGCAACAAUGGGGGCCAGCAGCAAGCCAUGUCCCUGGCCAUCCUCAGAGUCAUCCGCCUGGUCAGAGUCUUCAGGAUCUUCAAGCUCUCCAGGCACUCCAAGGGGCUGCAGAUCUUAGGGAAGACUCUCCAGGCCAGCAUGAGGGAGCUGGGCCUCCUCAUCUUCUUCCUCUUCAUUGGGGUGAUCCUCUUCUCCAGCGCUGUGUACUUUGCAGAGACUGAUGACCCUGACUCGCUGUUCACCAGCAUCCCUGAUGCUUUCUGGUGGGCAGUGGUGUCCAUGACCACCGUGGGCUAUGGGGACAUGUAUCCCAUGACCAUUGGUGGCAAGAUUGUGGGCUCCUUGUGUGCCAUCGCUGGUGUGCUCACCAUUGCCCUCCCUGUCCCUGUCAUCGUGUCCAACUUCAACUACUUCUACCACCGAGAGACUGACCAUGAGGAGCAGUGCCAGUACACCCACGUUACCUGUGGCCAGCAACAGUCACCCUUCUCUGAGCCCAAGAAAGGGGACAGUAAUCAGUCCCUCAGCAAAUCUGAAUUCCUGGAAGAAGAAGACCUGGAGUCCAUGAAGUAUUCCAACUUCAUUCCUCCCAAUAACCAGGAUUAUAAAGAGAAGAAAAUGCUGACAGAGGUGUGAUGGGUUUUGUUGUUCUGGGUCCAGACAUGGAGCUGCAAGCCGCUGUUACAGUUGUCUUCCUACAAGCAGCUGGAUCUAUUCAGCAUUUACAUGCCAGACUGUGAAUUGUGAUACCGUAAACAGAAUGAUUGUGAUAAUGGGCUCUUCUGUCCUGAUUUGCUGUUUCUCAUUACUGUGUGCAGCCAGAAAUGUUCUUGCUUUAUUCGGUGGAGUGCUAGCUGUCAUCCCCACUCCCUUAUGCAUUUCUUUCUCUGCUUUUGAUGUCUGCUUUGAUCCAACAUUUGCUCCGAGACCAAGUCUUGUAACUCCACUAGCAGAGAAGUCCUUGCCACUGCUUCAGCAGAAGCAUUCAGCAGUGUAAACAGUUAAAGGGGCUACAAACAUCCGGCUCGAGCCGUGCUCUCAGUCUCUGUGCCAGUGCGGUGCCCUUGGCUGUGGAAUCAGUCAUGCCUGCCAUGCCUUUGAAUAAUGGAAACGCUGCAGCCAGGAUCACAGGGAGCUCUGCAGCUGUAAGGGAAAGCCAGCAAACAGAUACCUGCCUUCUUUGCAACCCUUGGCAUACUAAAAGAUCCUCCUGGUUUGUGUUUGAAAAAAAGAAAAAAAAAAGUGCAUGAAUCUAAAAGCUCUUUGCUACUUGUGACCAUACAUCAUGUAUCAAAAACAGGCUUAAAGCAGUCAACAAGCUUGGUGAAGAUUCUCUGUGUUUAUUUAUGCCUUAUUUAUGCCAGUGCCCUGAUGUUAAUUGGCUUUUAUAGUACCAACUUAAUCUUCAUAGUGGUAAGUGCCUUCUGAUACAAGGCGUGUUUGAGUAAAUUCAUUUGUUAUCUGCAGAGUUCAUCUUCACACAAUAGCGUUUAAUGAGAUGUGCUUUGUGCUUCAGAUACCCAGCUCUGUAUUGGGCAUGUGAGAGCAGUUGACUUCUCUGUUUAUUUUAAUUGAGCAUUUGUGUAGCUGAGGGAAGUUUGCAUGUUGACGUUUUGUUGAUGUGGCAGGAAAAUCCUGACCACAGAGAGCUCUGCACCUGUGCUGUGUGAGGAUCAUGCUGGUUUAGCAAGUCACACGUAUAAAAUGCUCCAGGGUGAGUGUGUCAACAUUUGAAACUGAGACUGGCACAGAAAAAAACUUCCCUAAACUGUCUGCACAAAGCCAGCAGUACCCAACAGACCCUUUAAAUGAAGGGAGAAACAGCGAGACCCAAAGAGAUGUUCUUGCUGUAUUGCUGGCCUAGACAGUUCCUGGUAUUUCAUGGAUAGGAGCGACAGCAGUGUUUUUGUAAUUGGUUUUAUGAGAGCAGUUUGUGCCAGCCAUGCAAAAUAUGCAUAGCUUGGCCUGCGGUGCCAGGUUUGCCAAGGGACCAGAGAUUUCUAUCUUCAAAUACACAUUUUGCUUCCCAGAUAAUUUCAUUAGUUUCAGUCAGCUCUGCCUUACACCUAACUUUUAAAAUGUUUCAAACUCUGCCAGCAGGUGAGAAAGGGAAAUGUAUGCUUUCAGAUUCCACUAGCAGAUUUUCCUGCAAGGAAAAAUCCUUCUUCUUUGAAUUCUAAGUGUUUAUUCUGCAUUCACACGUCUGCAUGUGUAUGAAAGCAAAGGCAGCCAUUAAUGUCUUGCAUUACAGUGUAUGAAAUGCAUAUUGGAAUGUACUACAUAUUGCAUGGGACACAUGUAAUACAUAAACCAGACAUAAUGCCAAUGUGCAAAAAUAUAGAGAAUAGAUUUUGUAUAUAUAUUGUGCUUUUUAGCCAUAAGACUAAGAAUGCUAAAGGCAUAUCAUAGAAUCAGAAUGGCCUGUGUUGGAAGGGACCUUAAAGGUCAUCUCUUUCCAGCAAGGGAAACCUUCCACUAGACCAGGUUGCUCAGAGCCCUAUCCUUUAAUAUAGUCAAAACUGGCCAUAGAACUGGUUGUGAGGUCGGAUCUGUUUGUAUCUUCAUUACUCUACCUGUUUUCAAUUAUCUUGAGAUAUGGCUCCAUGCCUAGAGUGCUUUUAUUGAGGCCUAUCUCCAUCCUGGCCCUGCUCAUAUGGUAGAAGUUGUUUGUGCAAAUCCUAACUACUCCAUUUCUCCAGAGUGCUGUUGCCUUCUCAAAUGUUUUUAGUGUGGAGGGAUCUCCCUUGGGGUCAGCACACAACCAUUAUAUUAAAACCUCUGCUCUCUCUCUCUUGCUGAAAUCAGUAGGAAAAUGCCACUUCUCUUAGUCUGGGAGACACAAGUUUGAUGUGUGUGGAGAUUCUCAGUUCAGUCAAAGAAAGAGCAGAGAUAAUUUCUCCCAGCCUGAGCUUAGAAGUCUUAGAGGAAAGAAUUAGAACAAUUAUUAUCUCUCUUUCUGUAACCAUUGUUUAUAGUUAUGUUUUUCCACAGUAUGCUAUUCAUGGUGCACCAAUAGUGUGAGAUGAUUCUACUUUAAAACCAAUCAAGUAUCACCUUAACAAAUCACAUCAUAAAAAUACCUGCUACUUUCAUUAAAAUUAACCUUCUAAUCCACCUGAAAACUAAAAUCUUUCUUUCCAUCCCUAACUCAGCAACAUCAGAUGUGGUGAGGGCUCAUAGCUCAGAGGGGUUUACCUGAAUAAAGCCUAAUUUCUCUUUCCUUCAUGGGACUGAUGCAAAGGUUUGUGAAGGUCUGAGCCUUGGGGACCAUUCUGCAUCCCUUGACACCUAUAAUCAGCUGGUGGGCAAAUUGUCCUGGUAAAUAAGUGGGACUGAGUGGCAUGGUGGCAUCUCUGUUGAUUUUGUGUAAAAAUUGUCCAGUUCUUAGCGUGUCUUAGUCUUGGUGGUGCUCUUAGUUGUGUUUCAGGGUCACCUUAAUGAAAUCUUUACUGUGAGGCAAGAGAGGCACUGUUCUUCAAAUUUCGUAUUGCUAGAAACUAGCAAAAGAAGCUGCUAUUUAAUAAGAGGGAUGUUUCGAGGCUGCUGCCCUCUCCCAGCAGAAUGCCCAUGUUUGGGGAUAUUUUAUGCCUGAGUCUAUCAGCUGAUAAAAGUUCCCCCAAAGUAAGAUAUAAAAAACUCAGGUUGAACACAAGUUCAGGAGGAGUCAUGAGACACGCUGAGCCUACGCCAGAAAAUUCCUGGGCUCGUUUCUCCCCCUGGGCCUGGCCCUGUUGGCCCUGCCAGACGGGAGUCCUCCUUGCCCAGAACAGGUUGUUCUCCUGACCAGCACGACAGACAGCUGGACAUGGAGACUCUAGCAACAAAAAAAGAUCACUGGUAGCACAAUCUCAGUGUGUCUUACACAGAUCCUCCUGGAAAAAGGUGUCCUGCCCUUGGGUGGAAUCCAGCUGUGAGUUUCUAGUGGGUAUUGUAUUCUCCCUCCCACAGAUUGCACCCAAGGUGUGAAGGAAUUUUGUGGUGAGCAAGGCAGCUCUGUGCAGUUUUUGUGAGCCACGUUAAUCAGUUCUGAAAAGAAAAGGACACAUGAAAAAGUGUAAAGCAGGAGUGGUGUUUGCUCCCUGGGUUUUCUAUGUUGGCUCUAAGAGAAAUACAGACCACCAGCCGAAGCAUGGAAACUGUAAACUUGGGACUCAUUUGAGGCACGUAAAUCCUUCUCAAAGCACCUCCUGAAACGCAGUGAAGUCCCAGAGUCAUCAGUAAUGCUAUAUAUUACAGAACUUGUGGAAUCUGACCUUUUUUAAGGAGCCUUCAGAUUUUUUUUUUUUAAUGUGACUGAAAUGACACUGUGGCACCCACUGACUUUACCAGAGGUCUUGUGCCACUGAAUCACAGAGAUGCUUUCAAAAACCUUACCUCAAGUUCUCAGCCCUUGGCACUUCCCCCCAGCUGCUCAAAAUGCAAAUCAGUUUCCUUCUGAGGGUAGAGCACAUCCCUGUGAAGCCAAGUAGGCACCUCCAGGGACUUGUUUCCAUAACAACCUCCCGGACUGUUUCUCUCUGUGCUUUGAUUGUGGCUACAAGCAAAAGCACUCGUUGGAUAUUUUGUGUUCAGAUAUCAGCACCUUAUCUUUACAGAUGUUUUCUUUGCCUAGUGGAGCUGAUCCCUUUACCUUAUAUCAUGUACAGGACAGCUGCCCUGUCCAACUUCAGGUGGGCAGUUUCCAGCCUUCGAAAGCAGAGAGUGUAAACCUGGAGAUGGGAAGAGAUUUUAUUCGUCCAUUCUUGCACACAGAGAGCUGGAGAGUGUAUGAAGGACAAUCUGAGCACUCAGCCGGGGAGCUGAGGGGCAACUGGUCUGAUGUAGAGUCACCUGGGUGCCUGGUGACAAGGAAUACAGGCUAAAGCAUUACAUUAAAGAUCCAGAAAUUCCUCUUGCAGCAAUCUCACUAGGAAGUAGUUUUGCAGUGGAAGAGACUAUUGCUCCUUCCAGAUCCCCUGGCUGGUUUGUGACAGUUGGUUCCUCUGAUCAUUUUCCCACAGGAUGUUUUUCACCAAAGCAGGACAGGGCAGAAAUCAUCUCCUUGGAGGUGGGGAAGGAAGGAAGGAAGGAAGGAAGGAAGGAAGGAAGGAAGGAAGGAAAGGACAGAUUUUACUGAGGACACCAUUUUUUUUAUCCACACAAAGGUCUGGAAGCAUGAAAGGCGUGAAGAUCUGUUCUGAGGUGUUUUACUGUUGGACUCCUGUUCUUACCUCCAAGAUGAAAUUCCUGUUCUGCUCCUUCUUGGAAAAUAUUGGAAUUUGGGAUUAUUUAGUAAUUUUGGGCCUUUUGAUUCCGCUUUCAUGGAUAAAAAUUCACUGCUACAGCAGCUGUGGGGGUGAAGGUGACUGAACUCGGUCUUCUGUCCCAGGUCCUCUCAUUCAGAGGUCCCUAUGGGAUAAAGAAGAGUGAGUGUAAAGAAAAUUCAGGGCAGCAAGAGACAGGGUAAGGACUGAAGUGUCUUCCACACGGUGAUGGAAAGAGCAGCAUCAACCCUAAAAGCAAAGGAACAAACAGCUUCAGCAUCUGCUGCUAUGGCAGAAAUAGGUCCUGUUUACAUCAGGGAAAGAUCUGCAGAUUACAGCAGGAGUCAACCACAGCUUUCCCAAAAGCUUCUACCUGACUCAAGUCCAAGCUGUUUCACAACAAAAGAUCACUGAUAUGGGAUUAAAGCAGUGUUGGAUCAUCCAGCAGGACCACUAGAAAGAAGGUAUGGAUGUUCCUCACAUUUCUGCUGCACUGUUGACAGCAGAUGUGGGAGCUGCUCACCACAGCUGCAGGAAGAACAGUACCUGCUCUGACAUAAGGCCUGGUGGGACAGAGUUAUUCUUGUACAUUUUGGGCUGCAUUUGAAUGGACACUUUAUGUGCUUUUGCUCUGUGUCUGUGCCAUAUUUGCUUUAGCAACAGAAGUCCUCAAAGGAAUUUGCAGUGUCCAUUCAUGGGGUGUAGACUCUUGCUGUGUCCUAUGCCUGUGCCUGUACCACAGUGGGUGUGUAACCAUCAUCUGAAGUGUGGGUGGAAACUUGUGAGGCAUGCCUGCACCUGUGUUGUGCCCUGGAGUUGUGCUGGACCAUGAAAACAUAUCUCCCCAACUCCCUAGCUGCUUUAUUCCAAAGAAAUGGUCAUCACAGAAUCAUGAAUGGUCUUGGUUGGAAAGGCUUUGAAGUUCAUUUCGUUCCACCCCCUUCCCCCUUCCAUGGACAGAGACAUCUCCCACUAGCCCAGAUUGCUCAGAGCCCCAUCCACCCUGGCCUUGAUCACAGUGAUCAGAUCAGUGCUCUGUCUUUUCAAUCCUGUCCCAGAAACUCACCUGCUCCCCUGAAAUACAGGAGAGAAGCCCUUCAUUCAGUCUCCAUCCUUGAAAUACAGGAGAGCAGGCUUUCUUUCAGUCUUUAACAGAGCUCCUUGCUCAGAUCUGCAUGCAGACAAGCCCUGCUUGUCAGGCUGUGGUUUCUGGGUUGCUGCUCUGCAGAGCCCUUGCUGCUGUUCCAGGGGAAUUGGCUGGCUUCAAGUUGACAGGUUACCUCUUUGCUUCCAGCUGCUAGAGAGCAUGGCAAGAAGCUAAAAAUACCUCUGAGCCAACACCUAAUGUCACUUCUCCUCACGAGGGGUUUCUGCAGUUGCCACGGGGAUCUUAAGCAAUUGCACAGGGGAGGGGAUAAAUCUCUUUAUUUUUGUGAAUAGAGAGGGAGGAGCACAGAAGAAAAAUGCCUCUGUGAAAAAGCUGUGCAGCCGCGUGCUUUGAUGCCUGGGUUGAAAAAGCUAAAUGUCCAUGGAUUUAGACCAGCCAAUGGUGUGUGAGUGCUAUAUUUGGAAAGCACAGUGCAGAAUUAUGGCACAUGCAUCACAUGUGAAUUGGGAAAAUGCAAGCUAUUUUUGGAGCCUGUUUGCAUAUGUGCUGAGUCAAGGUUUGCACUCAGAGCAAGGCUGCACCUAGCAUCUCUUAAAUCUGCUUUAGCAAGGUUAUUGGUUUUCAAGCAAGCUCUGGGUCCCAUAAAAAUCCUUUCUCCCUCUGAUUUUAUUAGCAUCUCAGCAUUGCAGUGAGCUUAAUUAAAAAAGACAAAAAAUUAAGUGCAGAAGGGGAGGCACAAGGAAAGGGGAAGCAAUUUAGAGUUGAAGGGGGAUGGGUUCUGAAAAGGUAUUACCUAGGUAAGUACAGAAAGAUCAGAACAGCAUAAAAAAUAUGGAAAGGCAGGAGUGGCUCAUAAAGAAAGUGGGAAAUGUACACCUUGUGCUAUUAUUGCUGAAGGAAGCCUAUUUACAGGGAGCAACCCCUGGGGAAAACAGGAAUUAGUGAAAGAAAUUGAAGCAGCAUUGCAUGAAUCUUAGCCAGCCCUUGUGAUAGUUUGAAAACAAACCAAUGGGAGAUCCCAAAUCAGAACUGACAGACAGCCUGUUGGUCAGGGUGGUGGUAGCAGUCCCAUUAAAUGAUGUCUGCAGUCCUCUUGAAGUGAUAGAUGUGGUUCUGUUGAAGCAGUGAUCCUGUAGAAUGGUCGGGUCUUCCUCUGAAGGUCUGCUGGUGGUUAUGUAGCUCUUGUCCUCUGGGAAUACAGUGGGAAAAUGCUGCCCGUAGUGUUCCAAGCCUCAGACUACGUCCAGGUAGGAAUGCUUGGUUCCUCCCCCUGGGUGGAGCAUCUCACAAUGAGAUGAUGUAAUUUUAUCAGUCAUGCAGUGAGACUUGAUGGCCCAUUAACAGAAGAUAGCCCCUGGAGUUAUCAGGGAUGAGUCAUUAAGGAGAUAAGGAACUGCCCUACCUGCUUUAACAGCUUCUGAAGAUGGUGGCAGAAUACAUACUUUUGGUUACAUCUUACGCUGUAACCUAAAACAGCUCUGGAUUUGGGGGCAGGGAGGAAAAGCCCCUAGCUUGUAUGGCAAAGGGAUGCCAGCUAAGGAUAACACAAGACUGACUGGCUGGGGAUGGUCUCAAUGGGGUCACUCUGUUCCCAGAGGACACAGCCUUUUGCAGUGCCUUCCAGAGCAGUGCUGGCUGUCCUCACAGAUGAUGGACACUCAGACAGAGUUCCCUGUAUGGCCAGAGGUGUUACCUUAGAAAGGGAUCUUUCUUAUCAACUGUUUUCAGGAGGCAAAGGUCUCAAAGAUGGGAGACAAUUAGACUGCUGUGGUCAUUGGGGAGAACUUGAGGUUCAACCAGGCCAGGUUCUGGGUACUACACCUUGGCCCCCACAGCUUCCUGCAGUGCUCCAGUCUGGGGCAGAAUGGCUGGAAAGGGAAAGGGCCUGGAGGUGCUGGUGACAGUGGCUGAAUGUGAAACAACGUGUGGGCAGGAAGGCCAAUGGCACCCAGCUGUGUUCAGCAAUGGUGUGGCCAGCUGGAUCAGAGCAGUGACUGCCCCCCUGUACUGGGCACUGGUGAGGCCAUAUCUCAAAUCCCGUGUCCAGUUCUGCACCUGUCACUGCAAGAUGGGCAUUGAGGGGCUGGAGCAUGUCCAGAGGUGGGAAUGGGGAGCUGGGGAAAGGGUCUGGGGCACAAGUCCUAUGAAGAGCGGAUGAGGCAGCUGGGAAAGGCUCUCAGCCUGGAAAAGAAGAAGCUCAGGGGGACCUUCUGGCUCUGCACACCUCCCUGACGGGAGGGGGAAGCCAGGUGCUCCCAGGGAAUAAGGGACAGGAUGAGAGGAAACAGCCUCAAGCUGCACCAGGGGAGGUUCAGAUUGGACAUUGGACAGGAAGAAUUUCUUUACUGAAAGGGUGAUUAAAUAUUGGAAGGGGCUGUCCAGGGUGAUGAUAGAGUCCCCAUCCUCAGAAGUGUUUAAGGAAAGACUGGACAUGGCACUGGGUGUCAUGGUCUGGUGUUUGGUCACAGGUUGGACUUCAUGACUAGACCUGAGAGGUCUUUUCCAACUUGAAUGAUUCUAUGAUUCAGGUGUUCUCCUUUGCCACAGUUUGUCUUCUGCUGGUGGGAAGCACCAGCCCAAAUCUGCAGAGUGGGUGGGAGUGGGGCAGAUGGGAGGCUCUGUCCAUUAAGGUGUGGCACUAGAGGACUUUCUUGGUCUGGUGUGUACAGAAAUAGAGUUGGAGGCACAGAGAACACAGUGCUGGCACAGCAGGAGGCCCACCAAGCAGACAGGAAGGGAGCAGAAAGGUGUCUGGGAGCUCUGGGAGAACAAGAAAGUGUUUUUAAACUACAUGAGUGAGAAGCAGAGCAAGAGCAGCCUAAACACUGGCUUGUUGGUGGAGGUCCAGAUGAGGUCCAGAACAAAAACAUUCUGUAUUGUUCACACACAGUGCAGUCCUGCAGAGUUUGUAGGGAUAUUUUAAAGCCCUUAAAGUCCUGGUGAGGUUGGCUGUAGAGAUAGACCCCAGGUGAAAGAGGAAAAGGGAGCAGCAGUACAUGGACACAGAUAAACAUCCCUGUAAUGUUGAUAAUACCAUGUCAUGCAGCAGGACACAGGGAAGAGGUGAUCUCUCUAGGGGGGUACUCUUGACUCAAUUUAUGAUUUCAGUUCCUAGAGACACAGAUAUCAACGUCAGACCUGACACACACCUAUAAACAGGGUAAUGAGCAAUGAGAAGCAGCUGAUGGCGCUUGGCCUGUUCAGCUGGAGAAGAAGAGACUGAGGUCUCCUCUGAGCACCCCUGGCACACUGCCUCCUAUGUUUGUCCUCCUGGAGGCUUUAAUCCUGAUAGAACCAGACCUACAUGGUCCUUUCUGGCCCUUAUCUGCCUAAGUACAUGUGUUUCAGAAGAGUUUGAUAAAAUGAUACCGGUUCUAUUUGUCCUCUUUCAAUCAGAGAAAAUAAAAACUGAAAUCAACUCCAGUGAAGAAAAAAAAAAGUUUGAAAUAUUCAUGGGGUUUCAAAUCCUUGUCUUGAAGGUGAGCCUGAGAAUGGGUUAAAACAAGAAGAAAAAUGCAAAUGUUGAUGUAAUUUCCCAGUUUGGAAAGCAGACACAAGCCAAAAAAAUGCCAACAUAAUAAUGCCCACAAAACAAACCAAAUCAGAAUUUCCCUCCAGUUUCCAGAUUGGACAAGGAUCCAAAAUCUGAGGAGAGGCAGAGGAAAAUUGUGCAGGACCCCAUUUUUAAGCAGCUCUAUUAGAUUGGUUUUUUUUUUUUUGGUUUUUUUUGGGGUUUUUUUUGUUGUUUUUUUUUUUUUUUUUGCUUUGACACCAUUUUAUUCUUCAUAUAACCAGAUAAUAGAAAGCAGCACUUUUCCAGAUCUUAGUUUGGAGUGGUUUCCAGCUAAAACCACUUAGGUUCAUCACCUUCCUUUCUGCAGAUCUGUAGAUCCCCAGCCUGAGAGCUGAUCUUUAGUUUUAACAUGACUUGAACCUGCUGAAAAUCUGAGCACUCAUUUCACUCAGUACUUAAAUCCCAUCGUUGGGUUAAUCAAACUCUGACUCGUGGAAUUAGAGUUUGAUUAACCCAACCUGAGAUUCGUGCUGGUAAUCAAACCUAAGCAGAGAUCAGUUUUGCCUGGGGUUAAUUUCAAGUAAGAAGGUGCCCACCUUCCUACCUGUCUUCACCUUGAGCAGGCUGUGGGAUGGCUGGCUAUCUCCUUGCAUAUCAUCAUUAGCUUUUUGGGAUAUAUGAUCAGCCCCUUUGCCCUGCAAUUUGUAACCCACCCAUUUGUGCUUCGUUGCCAUAAAAUCAGCUUAUUCCCGGUUAGCGUUCCCUGCAGUUGACAUAGCCAUGGAAUCACAGGAUAUCCUGAGCUGGAAAGGACACACAAGGAUCAUCCUGCCCAACUCCUGAUCCUGCACAGGACACCCCAACAAUCCCACCCUGUGCCUGAGAGCAUUGUCCAAACACUCCUGGAUCUCUGGCAGCCUUGGGGCUGUAACCAUUCCUGUUCAGUGCCUCAGCACCCUGUGGGGGAAGAACCUUUUCCUGAUAUCCACCCGAACCCUCCCCUGAGACAGCUCCAGCCGUGCCCUCGGUUCCUGUCCCUGGUCACACUGAGCAGAGAUCAGGGCCUGCCCCUCCUCUUCCCCUUGUGAGGAAGCUGCAGAAAUGCUGUGAGCUUUGGUCUCAGUCUGCUCUUCUCCAGCUGAACAGACCAAGUGCCCUUAGCUGCUUCUCAUAUGGCUUCCCCUCCAGGUCCUUCCCCAUGCUGGUGGUCCUCUUUUGGACACUCUCUAUCAGCUUUAGAUCUUUCCAAACAUGCCCUAACACUGGAGGUGAGGCCGCCCCAGCCCAGAGCAGAGUGGGACAAUCCCCUCCCUGGCCUGGCUGGCCAUGAUGGGCCUGGUGCUUCCAGGACAGGGAUGUCCCUUCUGGCUGCCAGGGCACUGCUGGCCCAUGUCCAGCUGGCCAUUGACCAGGGCCCCCUAGGUCUCUUUUCAUGGCACUUCUCCCCAACAUCUCCCACAGUCUGUCCAUUCAGCCAGGCUGGCUCUACUCUGGGAAUGACUCUGCCCAGAUGGUAAUGAACUUAACAAGGGCUCUCUUCACAGCCGUAUACAAAUGAAGCCAUCAUGGACAGAUCAUAGUCAACAGCACCACAAUUGCCAACCCACACAGCCACCUCUGCACAGCAGCAUUCCAGCACUGUGUGGAAAACAGAAUGCCUGCCUAACUCACACAAGUCUGCUGUGCCAACAACCCUCACCAGCUGUGAACAGAAUCAGAGACAACACACCAACAGCUGAAUUCACACAGCAGUUCUUGUUUGUGGCAGCAGAGUGGCCAUUUUCCACUGGAGAAACUGAGCUACAGCAAAUCAAAAAUUCUUUGCAGACUUCAGUCCUACACCCAGGAAUAGUGACUGCACUGUUGUCCAAAAGCGAUGAUCUUGUUAUUUUGGUGUUUUCUAUAUUGCUUUGCAAAAAUCACAUGAAAAAAUCAUUGUGUUUGCAUCCUCUCUGCUCUCAGAUUAACUGCCUGACCCCUUGUGUCUGAAGAAAUAUGCCACAAUCUCAGGAGAUUAUAUAAUACUCACAAAUAGAUGUCUAUCAAUAAAAUAAUUAUAAAAUAAUUAUUACUUAAAAUCCCAGUUACGUUAGCCGUCAUAGAUCAGGUAAAUAAAUUGCAGUCUAUUCUGUUUCUGGAUAUCUGAAUGUCUCAGAUGCUUGGUGGUCUGGGUGAAUUAGUCUCAUCAAUACCUUUAAAAUGGACUUCCUUUGGUUGUUUUGAAUAACUGACUUUGAAUAUUCUUCUUCUUUCAACUAUCUGACCACUAGGUUUUAUUUUUUAUAAUAGAGUAUUUAAUUCACAAGGUUUAAAACUGUAGCUUGACUAAUAACUCUCAGAAGCAAUGGUGCUCUUGGUACAGGAUUUUUGGUUUCAAAGCAAACACAACUCUUACUUGUAUUAAUGUCAGUGGUAAAUGUGUCCAAGUAGGCCCCUCUCUCUUGGGAGGACAGAGCAAAAACCUCUGGUCCUUGACACAACCAACUCUUUGAGAGCAACAAGUUCUGAAAUAAAUAAUCAGUGAGCUUCCUAGGGUAUCCCAGAGGUGCUUGGGGAAUUAUGCAUGGAGUGUGGCACUCUUCCGCAGCAGGAACUGAAAGUCAGAGCAGAGACAGACAUCCAUGUCAGCCUCAGAUGGCACCAGAUGUCCAUGAUUAAGCAUCUGCUCUGAAUCAUGGAGAUCCCAAUGAUGGCCAACGGAGCCAAGAGAGAUUUCCUGCUUGUCUGAAGCAGUGUUGCCUGGCAAUCAGCUGUGUCACUGGGCUUCAGGAGCCAGAACUGCCUGGAUUUCCUGCAUCUGCAGACCCAACACAAACAGCCAGCCUGCAAUAUAGGCACUGCCACAGGCAUGAUUGCAUCUUAAGCUCAGCCUCUCCCCAGAUGAGAUGGAAAAUGAGGUUGGGUAAAUAUAACGGUGUCCGUGUUUUCACUGGUCAGAGAUGGAAGAAUGAAUAGAAGGAAAAAGAGCUACAUAGGCAGUCUGAGGAAGAUGUUUUGGAACAUCACAAGUAGGCAUUCCAUGGAGAUUGAAAAUACUUGUUGGUACUUUGGUCAGAUGUUCACCCGGAAUUUCAGAUAUAUAAUAAUGCCAGACCCCUUCCAGGACUAAGGCUAAAAUAGACUCUGCACUGUGAAUUUCUGUUGGCUAAAUAUAUAAAUAAUUCACCAACACAAAUAAUACACCAGUAACUAAGCUUUUGGGAGGAGGCACAGCUCUGUGGUGCUGGUCUUAAUAUUUGGAGUGAAAGUAGCCCUGCUGAAAUUGAUGAAAAACCAGUACUAUUUGAACGUGGCCUAAAACAUGCCCUCAUCUCCCUUUGGGUGACAGGAAUGGUGACCACUUCCACUGUGUGGCACCUGCGCCAUUAAACACCUCCACGGUUAAGGGCAGCAGAGCUGUUUUAUGGGCAUGGAUCCAGCAAAGAGUGCUUGAAACACAUCAGGAGCAUUGCUGACUUCAUUAAGAUUCUGCAUGUUUAAACAGCUGCUUGAGGGCCCUGGUUGAUAAAGCUUUACGUAUCUAAUAAAGAGCCCUGAAGGUCGAGGUUUGCCUCUGAAAGUAACUUUAUUUGGUUUAAGCCAUCCAUCACAUUGAAAUAAUGCUGUUGUUGGGUAGGAGACACAACUAUUUUUAUGGCUGUGUGUAAUAUUUUCCACUGUCACCAAAGUGCUUUUCCUGAGUGAUAAAUGUGAAGAUUUCCUUCUUCCCUAGGCCUGAAGGAGCAGAGGAGGCAUGGUGGGAUGUGGUGACUUCUCCCUGUUUGUAAAACAAGUGCUGGUGGAAGGGGGGAAGCGCCUGGGCUGGAAACUGGCAGUGCUCAGACUGCAGAUGCCCUUUGGCAGGAGGCACAUCAGCAGGCUGAUGCAGAACAGGAAUUUCUUGUUUACACACCUCACCAUCUGCAUGGAAUUGGCUCCAUCUUCCCAUCUGUGUGCGGAAAUGGGAAUGCUGCACCUGCUUAACUCAUUGUAGCCUUUGGAGAAAAAAAAAGUCUUCUUGCUGUUCUGACAAGGAGGAGUCUUGCCUGGAAGAGCUGCUGUAAUCUGGGCCUGCAUGACACAGUGGUAACCACUUACUGCUAGAAAGAUCAAGGGAAUUAGGCUAUAAAUGGAAAUAGAGGACUGAUUCUAUGUUGUAACUUGCUGAAGAUUCACUGGGAGAAGUCUCACAGAAUUAUAGAAUGUCCUGAACUGAAAAGGAACCACAAGGAUCAUCCAGUCCAACUCCUGGCCCUGCACAGGACCACCCAAGAAUUACCAUGUGCCUGAGAGCGUUGUCCAAACACUUCUUGAGCUCUGUCUGGCUUUAUGCUGUGAGCACUGCCUGCGGGAGCCUGUUCAGUGUCCAGUCACCCUUUGGGGGAAGAAUCUCCUCCUGAAAUCCAGCCUAACCCUCCCCUGACCCAGCUCUAUAAUAGCUUUAGAUCUUCCUACUAUUGUGGCACCCAAAGCUGCCCCAGCCCAGAGCAGAGAAGGACAAUUCUCACCCUGGGGCUGCCUGGCCAUGCUGGGCCUGGUGCCCCCUGGACAGGGAGGUCCCUCCUGGAUGCCUGGGUGCAACCGGGUGCCCUAUUAAACACGCCUUGUCCCUCCCUGAGAAUACAAAAAUGACCAUUAUAAUUGUUUCAGUGAUGAUAUCUUCCUCAGGUCACAUGCUAAUGCUGCAGUUUUCCUAGCAAAGGCCUGUGCAAUCCUCUGAUGGCUUCACAAGGAAAUUUAAUCCACAGGAUGGAAAGGACCAAGGAGCAGUGUCUCCAGUUAAGCCACACUUUGCCUAGCUACUGUUUUUCCCAAGUCAGCAGUGACAGAGGGAACUGUAAAGCAUGAAUCUGUGGUGCCUCCUCUGUUAGUGGAACUGGAUCUUCUUCAGUUUUGUCUCAUAUCUUUGUUUGCAAGGUGGAAGUUAUGAAAUUUGCCCGUUCUUAAACCAGUUGAAACAGCUCAGUUGUUUAUCCCCCUCAGACAGGGACAGUUCUAAAACACCUGCACACAUCUACUCUGAGGCAAACAUGGUGGCACCUGAGAGCUCCCUCAGCAAAACUCUUCCCACUCCCUGCAUCUGUGUGACAUAGGAAGGCAGAGGGGACAAGUAAUAAUUCUACACUCCACAUCUAGAUGAAACAAACUUUCCUUUCUUUUCCUUAGACCCACAUUUCAAGACCUGAAACACUGUCAUAACUCCAGUGUUCCCCAGUGUCCUGAAAUGCAAGAAAGGUAUUUUCUUAAACAGUUUCUACCCUUUCUGCUCUUCUCUGACAAAUGAAGGUGUCUUUCCCCCUCCAAAGAAGCAGUUCAAUCUUUGUACUGGUGAGCAGGCUUAUGUCAGGAUUGCUCCCCGAGAAGACUGGCAAAGUCUUUGGGAGAAUAUCCCCACUUUCUGUUUCUGGAGCUUACAUCUCCUUUUAGGAGCAGUGAUUUUAUGUAUCUUGCCUUUAGCUUGACUGUUGGAGAAAGCAAGGCCCUGGCUCCAUGGAGCAACCAUCGUGCCAGCCCUUCACAAAGCAAUGGCUGAUUCUCUCUUGUGAGACUUCUGCUGCCACAUAGGUCUGAGGAGCUCAUGUAGAUGACUCCCAAGCCUACAUUUAACACUACAAAGACCAUCAGUAGGAGUAAUGUCCAGAUGCUCUGAGGGGGGGGGAAUUGUGCCCCCCAGCCCCGCUCUGCUCUGCUCAUCCUCCCCUGCAGUGCUGCAUCCAGCCCUGGGCCCAGCACAGGAAGGACAGGGAGCUGCUGGAACCAGUCCAGAGCAGGGACACCAAGGGGAUGAGAGGGAUGGAGCAGUUCUGCUGGGAGGAAAGGCUGAGGGAAUUGGGAUUGUUCAGCCUGGAGAGGAGAAGGCUGGAGAGGAGAAGAGGAUCUCACUGUGGCCUUGCAGUGCCUGAAGAGAGCUUUCCAAAAAAGAUGGAGAGAGACUCUGGACAAGGGCCUGCAGUGACAGGACAAGGGGGAAUGGCUUCACACUGACAGAGAGCAGAUUUAGAUUGCAUAUCAGGAAGAAAUUCUUUCCUGUGAGGGUGGUGAGGCCCUGGCAGAGGUUGCCCAGAGCAGCAGUGGCUGCCCCAUCCUUGGCAGUGUCCAAGACCAGGUUGGAUGGAGCUCAGAGCAAGCUGGGCUAGUCGAAGGUGUCCCUGCCCGUGGCAGGGGGUGGAACUGAAUGAUCUUUAAGAUCCCUUCCAGUCCAAACCAUUUUGUGAUUUUAUGAUUUUCUGAAGUGCAGAGUAACAGUGAUACAACAAUCGUGGUGCAGGUGGUGUUCCUGUGCAUGCCUUUGCCAAACCCUUUAGCCCUGCUCAGCAUCAGCAUGAACUGUCUAUGUAGCAAAGGAUCUUCUUGGAGUUAUGAGAAAAGCUUUAUCCCUUGUUUUCUUUUCCAGCUGCAAGGCAGAUGAACUUCUUUAUAGCAACAGUUUCUCUACCACUUUUUGGAAUAUAUGUAGACCUUGAUACACUGAGCUUUCUCUCAGGACAUUUCAUGUUCUUAUUCCAACUGAGCACUUACACAUGCCCUGAAGUACAGGAGGCCAACCAAAGUGCAUCCUGCUUGCAUUGGAUACAAGGGCUCUGUCCUAGGGUGACUGUUAUCCCCAUUCGUGUGUGUGUAAUUUACGCUGGAUAUUAUGUUCUGUGCCUUUAAGACUGGUGGAGUGAAGGUUUUGUUUUGGCCUCUUAUCAGCCACUCGGCGGGACAUCCAGAUAGCACCAGUGCAUGUUGCUGUUUUUUUGCUUCUUGCCCCUGCUUUUUGCUUCUGCUCUUGCUUCUGCUUCGCUUCUGCUUUGCUUGCUCUUGCUUUCCCCUCCCCCCCCCUUCAUUAGUUAAUUUAGCUAAACAGUCCAAAUUCCUUUCUGGACUGUUCCCCCCACCCCGUUGGACCUGCUGACUGCUCCGGACUGGGAUUUGGAACACGGAGAGAGAGUUUACACCUUGUGACUGCAGCAGCUGCCUCAGCGCCGGAGGGACUGAUAACAGAGCAAACCCCCAGGAGAGACUGUUCUGAAUUUGUCAUCUUUGUCAGAGCAGUGGAAGAGUGGUGUCAUCCGGUACUGUUCAUUGUGUGUGCUGGGGGGUGCUGUGCUUGUCAAAUAAACAGGUUCUUUCCACUUC